CUCAAGUCGGAUCGGAAGGCCAACUUAUGCAUAAUUUGUAGUUGGUCUGAUCUGAACCAGUAUCAAUUAAUGGAUGCCAGGAAAGCCCAUAAAGCCUCCCCUUCAUCCUCACCAUCUUCCUCGUCAAAACGUUGGAAGUACCAAGUGUUCUUGAGCUUCAGAGGUGAAGACACACGCAAGGGCUUCACAGGCCACCUCCACGCAGCAUUAUCUGAUGCCGGAAUCAGCGCCUUUCUUGACGACAACGACCUAGAAAGAGCGAAAAUUAUAAAAACCGAACUGGAGCAGGCAAUCGAAGGGUCCAUGAUCUCCAUAAUUGUCUUCUCCAAGAGUUAUGCCGAUUCCAGUUGGUGUCUUGACGAGCUGGUGAAGAUCAUGGAGUGUAGAGAAAGAUUGGGGCAACAGGUUAUUCCAUUGUUCUAUAAUGUUGAGGCUUCAGAUGUCCGGAAACAAACUGGUAGUUUUGCACAAGCAUUUGAGAAACAUGAAGCGGGCAAACAUGAGAAAGAAAAGGUACAGCGAUGGAGAAAUGCUCUCAGUCAAGCAGCAGAUUUGUGUGGGGAAGAUCUUAAAAAUGCUGACAGUGGGCAUGAAGCAAAGUUUAUCAACAAAAUUCUUGGGGAGGUUAAUAAGCAGUUGUACAGCAAAUAUCAAUUAGACAUCGAACACCUUGUUGGAAUUACUUCUCGGGUGAACGAUGUUGUUCGCAUGAUUGGUAUUUCGGGGAUGGGCGGCAUUGGGAAAACAACGCUUGCCAAAACCAUUUAUAACAAAUUUGAACGUAUCUUUGAAGGUAGGAGUUUCCUUGCAGACGUGAGGGCAGUAAUUGCACACCAACCCAUUAAUGGUCUGGUUGGUUUGCAAGAACAACUUCUAAAAAAUAUCUUGAACGCAUCUUUGAAGGUUGAUUCUGUUGAUGUAGGGAUCACUGUGAUACAAGAAAGACUUUGCUGUAAAAGAGUACUUGUUAUAAUUGACGAUGCAGAUGAUCUACAGCAACUAAAAGCAAUAGCUGGAGCUCGUGAUUGGUUUGGUCCUGGAAGUAGAAUUGUUAUAACAACAAGAAAUCAACAUUUGCUAGACCAAGUUGGAGUGGAUAGCACAUAUAUGGCUCAAGAAAUGGAUGAGGAAGAAGCUCUAGAGCUCUUUAGUUGGCAUGCCUUCAAAAGAGGUUAUCCUGAUCAAGAAUACCUUGACCUCUCAAAACGUGUAAUUCGUUACUGUCAAGGCUUGCCACUAGCACUUCGAGUUGUAGGGUCUUUUUUGAUUAAAAGAACCGCAUUAGAAUGGGAAAGCCAAUUGGAGAGAUUGGAAAGAAGUCCUCAUGAAGCAAUUACAAAAAUACUGAGAAUAAGCUUUGACGGGCUACCUGACCAUACAGACAGAAAUACAUUCCUUGAUAUAUCUUGUUUCUUUAUUGGAAUGGACAAGGACUAUGUCACACAAAUAUUAGAUGGAUGUGGCUUUUCUGCAACGCUAGGAAUCCCUAUCCUCAUUGAACGAUGUCUUGUAACCGUUAGUGAGCAAAACAAGCUGAUGAUGCAUGAUUUGCUUCGAGACAUGGGAAGAGAGAUCGUUCGUGACAAAUCCCCCGGUCGUCCUGAAAAAUUUAGUAGAUUGUGGAAACGUGAAAACGUAACAGAUGUAUUGAGCGAUGAAUCUGGAACUAGAAAAAUUGAAGGAGUUGCUCUAGAUUUGGAUUUUGAUGAAGAUUCAGAUCUAGAUUCGGUUCUAGAUUUGACUAGAUUCAGUGCAGAAGCAUUUACCAACAUGAAAAAACUGAGGUUACUCCACCUCAGUAACGUAGAGCUCACUGGAGAGUACAAAGAUUUUCCCAAAAAGUUAAUAUGGUUGUGCUGGCAUAGAUUCCCUUUAGAGUCCAUACCAGAUGACUUUCCUAAUCAACCAAACCUAGUUGCUUUAGACCUGCAGCGUAGCAAACUCAAAAUAGUUUGGAAGGAUUGCAAGUGGCAUCAGAAUUUGAAAAUCCUUAAUCUCAGCGAUUCCUAUGAGCUAACAAAAUCACCAGACUUUUCAAAACUCCCAAAUCUCGAGGAAUUGAUAUUGCAAUUCUGUUCGAGUUUGUCUGAGGUUCACUCAUCCAUCGGGGAUCUUAGAAGACUUUCUUUGGUAAAUCUUGAAUACUGCGAAAUGCUAAAGGAUCUUCCACUGAAUUUCUAUAAAUCCAAGUCUAUUGAAACUCUUUUACUUAAUGGUUGUUGGAGAUUUGAAAAGUUGGCUGAGGGCUUAGGGGACAUGGUAUCAUUGACAAUUUUGGAAGCAGAUAAGAUAGCCAUAAGACAAAUACCAUCUGAUUCCAUAUUAAAAUUGAAGAAACUGAAAGCUUUAUCAUUAUGUUAUGUGAAAGGGUCGCCAUCAACAAAUCUUUUGCCUCAUUCAAGAGUUGCAGGCGGCAGUUUAACUGAUGAUGCAUUCCCCAAGGAUCUCGGUAGCCUAAUUUUCUUAGAAAAUUUAGAUCUUGAAGGAAAUGAUUUUUGCAGCCUACCAAGCCUCAGUCGUCUUUCACAGCUUCAAGAUUUGUCUUUAAAUAGGUGCAAAAAUCUUCGUGCAAUCCCAGAUUUACCAACCAAUUUGAAAGUCUUACGAGCAGAUGGCUGCAUUGCAUUGGAAAAAAUGCCAGAUUUUUCAGAAAUGUCAAAUAUAAGAGAAUUGUAUCUAAGAGAUUCGGGCAAUAAACUCACUGCCGAUUUUAGGAAGAACAUCCUACAGGGAUGGACUUCUUGCGGAUAUGGUGGAAUUUAUCUCAGUGGAAAUGAUAUUCCUGAUUGGUUCCACUGUGUCCAUGAUGAUGAUAUUGUGUAUUUUACUGUGCCUCAAAGUGUUGGUCGUAAUUUGAAAGGGUUAACUUUGUCCGUCUGUCUCUCUUCACGCUUAUAUGGUUGUUGUCGUAUCAGCAUUAAAAACAUGACCCAGGGUACUGAGCUUGACGCUAGGAUCACACCCAACAUUUGGCCAAUUGAGGGUUAUUAUCUUUGGCAGGGACAGUUAUCAAAUGACGAGCUCAAAUUGCAAGACGGUGAUAAAGUCUUGAUUGAAAUAAUACCCGAAUAUGAUUGGGCUAACGUGAAGAAAACAGGUGUUAGUCUGGUAUGGGACAAAUUUAUGAACGAAAAUAUGAUUGAUUACCAUCUUUGUGCGUAUGAACGACGCCCAUAUCAAAAUAUGGUCAAUAAUGAUGACAUCAUUCAUGUCGAAUAUGAUAAUCACAUAACAAAAUCACCAGACUUUUCAAAAUUCCCAAAUCUCGAGAAGUUGAUAUUGAAAGGUUGUGUCAACUUGUCUAAGGUUCACUCAUCCGUCGGGGAUCUUGGAAGACUUUCUUUGGACUUGGGUGAUGGCUUAGGGGACAUGGUAUCAUUGACAAUUUUGGAAGCAGAUAACACAGAGAUCGGACAUAUUCCAUCUUCCAUAGUAAAAUUGAAGAAGUUGAGAAUUUUAUCUCUAUCUGGCUGCAGUUUAAGUGAGGAUGCAAUCCCGGAGGACCUCGGUAGCCUAAUUUCCUUAGAAGAUCUGCUUCUUGGAGGCAAUGACUUUUGUAGCCUACCAAGUCUCGCUGGUCUUUCAAAGCUCAAGGUCUUGUGUUUAAAUGCAUGCAGAAGACUUCGUGCAAUCCCAGAUUUACCAACCAAUUUGUAUGUUCUGAAAGCAACUGGCUGCCCAAAAUUGGAAACAAUUUCAGAUUUUUCAAAAAUGUCGAAUAUGAGAGAAUUGUAUCUAAGUGAUUCGUUCAAACUCACUGAGGUUCCAGGCUUGGAUAAGUCAUUAAACUCCAUGACAAGGAUUCAUAUGGAAGGCUGCACCAAUCUGACUGCCGAUUUUAGGAACAACAUCCUACAGAGAUGGACUUCUUGUGGAUUUGGUGGAAUUUAUUUGAAUGGAAUUUAUGAUAUUCCUCAGUGGUUCGAGUUGGACGAUAAUGUGUACAAUAUUGUCUUCUUUAAAGUUCCAAAAAGAAUCAUGGAUCGUGAUUUAAAAGGGUUGACUAUAUGCUUCGUUUACUCUUCAGACAGCCCAAAACUUGAAGAUUCUCAAGGUCCUAUUGGCAUUAUCGUUAGAAAUCUUACCAAACAAACUGCUUUGCACACCAAGAUAGCAUUUGCCUCCUUAAAAACUUCCAGUAAACCUGAAGACGAUUAUCUUUGGCAGGGACAAUUGUCAAACGAUGUGCUCCGUUUGCAAGACGGCGACCAAGUCUCCAUUCUUGUAGGGCCCCUAGUUGAUUUUGUGAGAGUGAAGAAGACAGGGGUUCAUCUAGAAUGGGACAAAGUCAUGAAGGAAAAGAUGGAUAAUCCGGAUCCUCGUUUGUAUGAUUUGGAAACAAAAUUUUCAGGGGGAGUUGAUGAAGCAUUUUUCAGGGGCAGUGUUAUACAUGAACAAUUAGCAGUGGAAAGAUAUUUGGAUUUUUUUGGGGGAACUGAUAAUGAGGCAGGACGGAGCCAUGACGUACGGCUGGAUGAUGGAGCAGGACAGAGCCAUGACGAAUUUCUACAGCACUUGCCAAAGCUCCAUCCCGUUUUCUGGGCUGUGGUUGUAACCGACUGUGUUUUGGUUCUGUGGCCAGAAUCAGAGAAGUCCAGAUGCAAUCUUGAAUUGAAACCUGAGGAAGAGACGGAGAUGGAGAUCGAGGCAGAGUCACAAUCGCUCUUCCUCUCGUCGCUUACCCAGGCUCGAUCUUCAAUGGAAUCUCGUGGUCGUCGCUACGAAGACGACCGUCCACAAUCGACAACCCCUAAUCCCAACGAAUCGGAACUCAAGCGACGAGCAAACCCGACCUUCCUGCAUAUGAAGAAUCGGAAUAAUCGAUCUCAGGCUUCAACGACGAGGUCAACGCGUUCCGCUUCUUUGAGGCGAAGUGCACCAUCGACGAUUGUAAAUGCCCGCAGUCAAACUCGUGAAACAAGCGGCCCUCGAAACGGUGAAACCCAAACGAGGUCAUCGCAGGAGAGUAGGGAUCUCAAUCCCCAAUGUUUCAGCGACUGA